AUGGGCGCUAAACGCGUGUCCAAGCAGAGCCCGAAGAGAUCUCACGAAGAAGUGGAUGAUGACGACGAAGAGCCCGCCUUCGGUACACCGCCUCCCAAACGCGCAGCCAGGAGCACAAGCUCAGCAACAAAAGCCAAGACUACAAAAAAGAAGACGCCUGCUCCAAAGAAGCCUGCGCCCAAAAAGCCGGCCCCGAAGAAAGCAGCAGCCAAGAAACCCGCUCCUGCAGCGACACCCAGCUCACGCCCCUCGCGCAACCGUAAAGCACCAGAGCGGUUUGAGGAGUUUGAGGAAAAGCCCACUCCCAAAGCUGCCCCGACCAAGAAGGGACCAAGCAAAGUCUUCGACCCAAUCUACAUCACCACCAACUCCUCCAGCCGUCUAGUCAAAGCAGACAUCUACCACAUGCUUCUUGAAGGACCGGCCUGGACCAACCUCAGCCCAGAGCAGCAAACUACACUCAUCUCCAUGCUUCCCGAGAAUACUACGCACCAAGCUCUCCUCGCCAAGAUCAGCACCGGCAACACAGAAGACACACGACCUUCAGCCUUUACGCUGGCAAACAACUGCUUCCGUACCGAUGUCGCCAAGUUCCAGGAAGAUCUCAAGAAUGGUCACUUGGCGAAGACGUGGCAGGCGGCUGCUGAGCAGGCUGUGAUUGAGCGUGCGGCGGGAGAGUACGAUGAGUGGAAGGCGGCGGAGGCGGAAUCGUGGUGGGGGCAGAAGAGCAAGUGA